GUGUGUGCGGCUGUCAGUCUGUCACUCGUGACAAGCGCAAGUAGAUUCAGGAUUGGAUCAGGUGAUCGUUUAAAUAACCCUUCUGUUUUUCUUUCACGGAGAAGCUCAGUGAAAAGAAACGUGCUUAAAUCAAGGAAAAAUAUCUGGCUCUCCCUCUCCCCCCCCCCCUUACUCUCACCUCUCUCGAAGUACAUCAUAACCGAUGUAUACACAUCGGUGUCUUAGAAAUGAGUAACGUCUUGCUUGCAGACGUCGAGAUUAACAACCGGAGGACCGUCGGGACUCUAAUUAGUUCGGUGACGAGAGAGUUUUGAUCGUUCCCAUCCGGGAGGAUCAGGAUGUCCGUGACGCAGGAGAGGAUCGAGGAGCUGAACCAACGGUUUCUCGACCUGAUGAGCAAGCCGGAGAACAUCGAGACGGUUACGAAAGAAAUCUACGAGGAUUUGUUGGACGAGGUGUUGAUGGGCUUCGUCUUCGACGUGCAUCGUACUACCAAGACUGGCAGUUCCGACGUCGAGGAGGGUAUCCCGGACGACGAGUCUUAUACCAUUGUCGAUUCACCUGGUCUAGACGUGUUCGGUCAGCACCCAGUGAAGAAGUCGCAGGAGUGCAACUGUCCGAAUUGCGAGCGCGGCGUGGCCGCCUGCCGAUUCGCCACGCAUUUGGAGAAGUGCAUGGGCAUGGGCAGGAACAGCUCCCGUAUCGCGUCCCUGCGCAUCGCCAACAACUCCAAGGACCUGAACAAUUACGGUGACGUUGACGACGACGACGACGUGGACUGGAGCAUAACAAAUGACAGCGGGAACAAGCGUAAGCGGCCGCGCAAGGAUCGCAACGGCGUCAGCAAGCGCUCGGGCAAGCACCAGAGGCAGCAGGCGGGCAUCGCUACCAGCGGUGGUGGCGGUUCCCAGAGGAACGGCGAGGCCGCCGCGGUGGUCGGUGGCGGCAGCGGGGAACACAGCGUGCACAGCAGCAACGAGAACUCCCCGUCGAACUACGAGAACAUGUCCGUCGUGGACAAGCGAGCGCUGCUCGCGCAGAUCUGCGGCGUUGUGUCCGAGCACACGAAGAAGGUUUGCACGCGAUCCGUGCGCUGUCCGCAACACACGGACGACCAGCGGAAAGAGAUACGCGCCAGUCUAGAGUCCGGCGGUAGCAGCAAUGGCCAGGACAACCUCCACGUCGACGUCGACACGUUCGAGGAAAGCGACAGUCAGAACCUGCGAGACGCGUUGGCACGAUGGGACCGAGAGGGCUCGAGCCACUCGAGCCCGGCCGACUCAGCCUCCACCACGUCGACCUCGUCGAUCAACCGGAAGCGGGAGACCAAGUCCAAGGGCAAGGGCAAGGCCUCGUCGAAACGUGAUCGCGGCUCUCCCAUCUCCCAGGGGGACUGAGGGGAGACUGAGGAGCAGCGAAUUAUUCCUCGGCCUGGGAUUAAUUUUCAGUCGAGAAUUAAUCGACGGUAGAGAAAUAUCGUACGAUAACGUUCCUAUGUAUUGUAUAUAGCCUGAGGGGGAUUCCGCUGGCAAGCGUGAGCUGAAUUUUUUGUAUACUAUAUAUAUUUAGCACGAAUCCCUGAGAUUUCACACACGGCGAUCUCUUCUGUAAUUAAUACUUAACGAAUUAAUUUGUGUACAUAAGUUUAAGGAAGAAGCGCCUUAUGCUUCUUGGUCCCAUUUAUUUAUAUAUUAAAUACUUAGCUGAUUUUACAUAUAAAAUAAAAUGAGGUAGA